AUGUCGACUUUGUGCGGCUUGCGCAGAACACAUCACCCACUGCCUCUGCGUCCGAGACGAGAGGCAAAGAGGGACAAGGGAAAAGGCAAGGAAAAGUCAGUGCUUGGAAACGAAACCUUUGAUCCUGGUUCUCUUGACGUUAGUCGCGAGCCAAUCGAUUCAGAGCGAAGAAGCCUUCUUAAUCGACCAUCUGCCAACUUUGACUGGGCGCGAGACGACCAACUUUCAACGAUUCUGGAGAAUCUUGACGAUACUGGAAGUCGAAGAGGCGACGACCUGGAGAAGGAAGAGCAACAGCAACAGCAACAGCCCCUCACUCCCACUCCCGAGCAAGCGCUAAGAAAGCCGCGAGUGAUAAGAGCUCGUGUGAAAAGGACUCGUUUUGUGGAACACCUUUCGAGCCCAGGACAUAUAUCAAAGCAAUACAGGGAAAAGAUGUCCUCCAUGUCCGGCAGGAGAACUCCAGAGACCCCGCGGCCUAUUGCGGCGCCACCGAGAGAUCUCGAGUCGAUAGCUCAUAUCGACAAAUCCCUUGUAUUCGAACAUUUUACCACGGACGAUGCUUGGGAGCUCGGGUCUGCGCUGCGGAAUCGCCUGCUACCUCUCGCCACACCUGUUGUAAUCAAUAUUUCCCUCGCGAACCAGAAUCAGAUCCUUUUCCACACAUGCACACAUUCAGGUGUGAUGCCCGAUAACGACAGUUGGGUCUCAAGGAAACGGAAGACGGUUCUGCGAUGGGGUUGUUCGACAUGGUACAUGCACUGCAAGUUUGACGGCGAUGAGAUUGCCUUCAGGGAGAAAUAUGGCCUGGGCAAUAGUGCGGGGGAGUAUGCCAUACAUGGUGGGGGUGUCCCAAUCAGGGUGACUGGGGUGGAAGGUGUCGUUGCCGUCGUCGUCGUGAGUGGAUUGAAACAGAGUGAGGAUCAUGGUGUAAUUGUGGAGGUGAUACGCGAGUUGUACUAUUGA